AUGGCCACUCUUCGCACCGUUUUCAUCCUCGCCUUGGUCCUCGUCUCUCUCCCCGCACUGUAUGCCGCGUCCGUGCCAAAGCGGGGCGACGUCGUUGCUGGGGGAAGCGCAGGCGUGGACGCGGUGAUUUGGGGGCGCAAGCUGCUGGAAGCGAGCGGCGGUGACCUAGACGUGGGCCACGUGGGUGGCGAGGAGGAGGAGGUUUGGGACCACUUCCUCUAUAUUUGCCUCACUACACUCACCGUUGACCUCCUCGAGGAGCGCCUCCUGGCAGCUGAGAAGAGUAUAGUCGCAGUAGGAGCCUCUAGAGGUGACCCGCGUGCCCCUGUCUUUGAGGGGUGCUCCCCCUCCCCCCUUUUGCCCUCUGUUGCCUCUGCUGCUGCGGUCGACUUCGUUGGCACCAAGCCGGUUGGCGCUGCGUCUACCCCUAGCAGGCGACGACGCACCGGCAAGGGUAAGGGGGGCAAGGGCGCUGGAGGGGCUGGCGGGGGCGGUGGAGGUGGAGUUGGAGGAGGCGGAGGGAGUGGGGGUGGUGGUGGGAGUGGUGGUGGGGGUGGGGGCUUCGAUGGCGGCGUUGGCGGCGGAGGCGGCGGCGGCGGUGGCGGUGGGAGCGGAAGAGGAGGCAGUGGCGGCGAUGGCAGAGGUGGCGGCGGAGGAGGUGGAGCUAGUCGGGGUGACUUUGCGCUGCGGGGCGGCUCAGGUGGUAGUCAGCGCCAGCAGCAGCAGCGCACUCGUGAGACCCCGGCGGGGGUUGCUAUCUUUGAUCUUGACUAUGAUGCUAUUCUUGCUGCCAUGUAUGCUGUGUCUACUAGUGAUGAGGGUGACUAUUACCUGUGUCUUCCGCCUGACCUGGGCAUUGAGGCUGCUGCUCUAGGUGCUGGUACCACGUCGGCUCAGGCCUUACACACCUUCACCCUUGACUCGGGUGCUUCCCGCUCCUUCUUUCGAGACCGCACCACGCUUACGUCGCUUAGUCGGCCGGUUGCGGUCUCCCUGGCGGACCCCUCUGGGGGUCCUGUCCUUGCUCGCUUCUCCACUGUCUUGCCGUGUCCGGCAGCCCCCUCUGGCACCCUAUCAGGUCUCUACCUCCCCUCGUUCUCUAUGAACUUGGUAGCUGCGUCGAGUCAGGUGUUUGCUGCAGCGUCCAGGUCUGGUCCUGAGUCUGCUCCCUGCUCAUAUCGUCUCCUGUCCCACCAGACUCUCCUUUGGCACCACCGCCUUGGUCUUCCCUCCCUGCCUCGUCUCCGAGGCAUGGCCUCCCGUGUCCUUGUCACUGGUCUCCCCCGGUCCCUCCCUCCCCGCCCUCCGGGGCGUUCCCCUACCUGCGUUCCCUGCAUCGAGGGGCGGCAGCGCGCCGCCCCUCACUCCUCCGAGUUUCCUCCAACAGAGGCUCUGCUGCAGACUCUUCACAUAGACGUGUGGGGCCCCGCCCGCGUUCGUGGCCAGGGUCACGAGCGUUACUUCCUGUUGGCGGUUGACGACUACUCGCGUUACACCACGGUCUUCCCCUUGCGCAGCAAGGGUGACGUCACUGAGGUGUUGAUCGACUGGAUCUGCGCGGCUCGUCUCCAGCUCAGAGAGAGUUUCGGCUCGGACUCUCUUGUUCUGCGUCUGCACUCUGACAGAGGCGGGGAAUUUUCCUCUGCCCUUCUGGGAGCCUUCUGUCGUGCACACGGCAUCCGCCAGACCUUCACGCUUCCGGCCUCUCCACAGCAAAAUGGGAUUGCUGAGCGCCGCAUUGGCAUGGUCAUGGACGUCGCCCGUAUGUCCAUGAUCCAUGCGGCUGCUCCCCAUUUUCUGUGGCCGUUUGCGGUUCAGUACGCAGCGCAUCAGCUCAACCUUCGGCCCCGGGUCUCCUUGCCAGAGACCUCCCCCACCUUGCGGUGGACGGGGAAGGUUGGCAAUGCAUCUGCGUUUCGGGUCUGGGGAUCUCAAGCGUUUGUCCGCGACUUGUCUGCGGACAAGCUGUCCCCCCGUGCUGUUCCCUGCGUCUUCCUUGGCUUCCCCCCUGACGCGCCUGGCUGGCAGUUUUACCACCCCACCUGGCGCCGUGUUCUGUCCUCCCAGGACGUCACCUUUGACAAGUCGGUGCCUUACUACCGUCUCUUCCCCUACCGCACUGCGCCCCUUCCCCCACCGCCGCUCUUCCUUGCGCCAGGUCCUCCCCCGGUAGACCCUCUCCCCCCUCAGUGUACUGCCCCGUCAAGUGUGUCCCAGGUAGACGCAGUCGAGCUUGUCGAGGUAGCUGUUGAGUCUGGUGCUGCUAGGGGCGCUGAGCCUGCGGGUGCUGAGUCUGGGGAUGCUGAGUCCGGGCCUGGGGGUGCUGAGCCUGGGGGUACAGAGCCUGGGGGUGCGGAGCCAGGGGGUGCUGGGUCUUCUCGUGUGGCGUGUGGCGGUGCUUCGUCGAGGCGGGAGCUACUCUCUCCGCAGAAGCUGCGCGAGUGGUUUGCCCGGCGCUGGAGCCGUGUUGCUGGAGCUGGAGGUACUGCUGUUCCUGCUGGUCUUGGAGGUGCUCGUACUAGCGGUACUGGAGCUGCUGGGACUGGGGGUGCUGCUGGGGCUGCUGGAGAUCGUCCUGCUGGAGGUACUUCUGGAGCUGCUGGCGGUACUGGAGCUGACGGUCCUGCUCGAGUUGGUGCUGCUGGAGCUGGAGCUGCUGGGGGUGUUGGUGCUGGUGGUGCUGCUGGCGCUGGUGCUUCUGAGGGUGCUAGAGCUGGCGCUGUUGGAGCUGGAGGUGCUGCUGGCGCUGGUGCUGCUGCGGGGGCUACUGGUGCUGUCCCUGCUGGUUCUGGACGCGCUGUGCGGCCGAGGCCGUACUUCGUUCCGCUCCUUGAGCAGGUUCUUGGUCUCCCACCCUCUACUGGUCCUGCUUCUCCCUUAGAGGGUCCACAGCCUGUCCAGUCGCGGUCACAGUUACAGCUCGCCUCCCCCCUACCUGCUCCUUCUCCCUACACUGGUCCUACUGGAGGUCUUGGUGAGCGUCGUGAGCCUGCGUCUCGUCUUGCGUCGCCUGUUCGAGCUGCUCGCACUAGUAGUCGUGCUCUGCGUCCGCGUCCUCCUGCGGUCCCAGACACACACCAGAUGGCACUGCGUCCUUCCACUGCUCCUCUGCAUGUCCCAUUGCCGUCUCCUCCAGAGUCCUCUCUUCCUAUUCUUGCUGACUUGGAGUCUGACUCUCUUCGUGCUGCUAGUCCUACUGUUACGCGUCUCCUGGCUACUGUUGUCACUGACCCUUCUUUUGAGUCCACUGCUGCGUCUGCCUUAGUUGCUGAGCUUGUCCACUUUGUUGCUCGCUGUCGUCUAGACUACGCUGCUAGUCUCGUUGCUCAGUCUGAACAUCCCGACUCCUCGAUCGUACGCUGA